AUGACACGGAUGCAGCUCCUUCGGUCUACAUCUUUAAAAAGAUUUAAAGGAAUUUCGUCUAUAGUAAGGAAUGCAUCAUUUAGUAGUGGCUGGCUGCAUCUGGCUAUCCAGGGUUUAUUUGCGGUUAUCAUCGUUACAAGUUUUAUUUUAAUCCUUUUGGUGGCAUUACACUACUCAUCAGACAAUGGAUCUGAUACGGUUCCGGCUGAAAACCGGUGUUUUACGAAAAGCUGUAUAGUUGCCUGCACGCAGAUUCCAUACUAUGGCAAUUUUGAAGAUGACAUCGUCUUUACAGUAUCGCAACUUCCAGAAUCGUGUUCGGGGUUUUACUUAGCACUGCACAAUCCUAUGUUUCAUCACGGGACUCUAAAAUCAGAUUGGAUACCAAGGCUGCGACUACCAAUCAUCGAACUCAGCAUUACUGGCGGAAACCUGAACCAUUUAACACCAAAUGCUUUCCUACAUCUACAUACUGCCCACAUUAGAUCAUUAAUACUUCAUGACUUAAUUAUAAAGACUUGGGAUACAGACAGUCUUGUUGGAUUAACUCAUUUAGAGAAAUUAUGGAUAGACAAGAGUACUAUUGUUGAUGUUGCAGCCAAUGUAUUUAGAUCUGUUCAUAAUACUUUGGAGUCUCUGACUAUAUCACACAGUAGACAAUGGGAUCCGGCAAAUAUUACAGGAACAAUGAACCUCCCGAGUGUCACUAUAGUUGACUUUUCUAAUAAUAUUUUUAACGAUGUACUAGGCAAAAACAGUUUCACUGGCCUAGGAAGCUGUAAAAUGUUGUACCUAAAUUCUUGUAACAUAUCUGCCAUCGGUGAAGGAGCUUUUGAUAAUUUGUUUGCAAUUGAAACGCUGUUUCUAAAUGAUAACAACCUAGUUACAAUACCAAAUGACCUAUUCAAAAACAUAUUGACUAUUACUAAUCCGACAGCAAGAAUUAAUCUACACGACAAUAAUUGGCAUUGCGGUUGCUUUACAAAUAAUAUGAGACAGCUAGUCAGUAGUGACGUUUUGCUUACUCAUCCAAUAUGUAGAUCGCCAGAAAUUUUUGCAGGCAAAACUUUCUUCGAAGUUCUUUCACAUUGCAAUUAUAGUGCUCCUAUACCAAUUUUUUCAAAGCAUAUAUCUCCAACAAGUAAGUCGAGUAUUAUUCAUAUUAACAAUGGUUGUUUGAAUGGCAACAUCUCUUCUAGGAGUACAGUAAUGAAAUUAAUUUCUCCGAUAACAAAACACCAAUGUCCACAAAGGCACAUAAAAAACGAUGACCUUCGCCGAAUUUCCAUUUCCAGAAGUAGCUACCCUAUAGUAUCCGAACAUAGUUGGAUCCAAUUUUCAUUCAUUUUAAAUGUUGAAAACUAUUCAAGCAUUCAAAUAAACCUCAAAGAGGAUAAUAACCUUGGUAUGUUAUGGUACCAAUCAACUUGCCCCAAUGAAGUGUUUUGUAUUGAUGACUCUACAAGUACUUUCAAAAUUUUUAAUAUUGAUUUAGAUGCUGAUUAUGUAUUUUGUCCGAUAUCAAACAUUUCAGGCUUUAUAGCAAAUGAAAAAUGUGUUACUUAUAAUCUUAAAAGAAUUGCUCAUACCGAGAUCGGGAACAAACUUCAAAUACUGUUUUUUCUUUUGAUCGGUGGAAUAUGCUUAGUAUUGGGAGCUAUCUGCGUUUAUAUAUUAGUUCGUACACAUCCUGUUCUUUUGAAAGGCAGCAAAAGGAUAUUGUUUGUGAAACACAAAACAUUAGACGCUCUCGUUUUACCUCCAAAAGUGACCGUGAGGAACGAUUCAGAGAAUGAAACUCAUCCAGAUUUAAAUGAUGACAACAUUUUUACCGUUCCAGCUAACUCUGGGAAUAGAAGAUUUUUUAGAAACAUUUCUAUGAGAAGUAAUAAAAGCAGUGCUCCAAGUUAUAUUUCGGCAGUUCAACCAUCUGAAUUGCAAUUGACAGAAUGGCGCAUGAGGAAUAAUUUCACAACCGAAGGGACAUCCGAACUUACUGUAAAUUCGUGGCUGUAUAACCCAGAUAGUCAUCACUAUAUAGAUGUACUUGAUUUCGAUACAACUUAUGAAAGCUUAAAGUAA